UCAAACGAGCCAGUUGUGUUUUGGAUGGCUCGCUCUAAGGACGUGUUGCGGUUUAAAGUGAUUUUAGUUAUUACGUACUGCGUAGUGUAUAACUUGAUUGUGAGUGAAACUUGAUUCGUAAUGUGAUGUGAAUAAAACUAAUGAAUGUUUAAAUAAGUGCUUUUAACGGAUCGUGAGGAUUUGAUUACAUUGUGAUGCGCGUGCGUUCUUAAGAUGUCGCGGUGCGUGCUUCUCAUCCUUUGGGUGGUCGUCGCCGCAGCGGACAAGCAUGAUGAUGUCAGUUCAACUGAACCAGAUCGCACAACAGCCGCGACAGCACCGCCGAUUCCUCUACGACCAGAAUAUGCUCACCCAGCCGGAGUGGAAGCCUUAGAUCCGUAUAACUCUGAGAAAAACCAUGCUCCUUCACAUCAUAGAGAUUAUCUCGAAGAAGAUUACGAUCAUGAAGGGCACAAAGAAGACGACAAUGAAAAUAGAGAGGAUGCUGAUGAGCUGCCUUCAUUAUCAGGAGAUCAUCUUCUGCAGAGUUCUACUGAUGAUCUGCCAAUGUUUCUUCUGGAACCUCAACAUGCCUAUGUUGUGCGCAACAAGCCAGCUAUGUUAAGAUGUCGUGCAGCGAAUGCAUUGCAAGUGUACUUUAAGUGUAACGAUAUACGUUCAGUGGGUAGUACUCAGUUUGAAUUUGUAGAUCCUCAAAGUGGUGUGAGAAUUGUUGAAGCAGAGUGCAAUGUGACAAGAGACCAUUUAGAGGAGUACUUUGGAGAGGACAGAUUUUCGUGUACGUGCUAUGCGUGGAGCAGUCGUGGCGACAUAAGAAGUCAACCAGCGAUUGUUGAGUUAGCUUACCUCAAGAAGCAAUUCACCGUGUCACCGACUUCAUUGUCAGUGGAGGCUGGGUCAGCUGCAUCCUUGCGAUGUUCCCCCCCUCCCGCGGCGCCUCCCCCUCGGAUAUCGUGGCUCAAGAAUGGAGUUCCACUUCAGCAGGAUCACAAUGUGCUCAUAUCGGCUGAAGGCAACAUGCUUAUAUCGAGAGCAACCCUGCAGGACAUGGCAAACUACAGUUGCGUGGCGGAGAACAUAGCGGGCAAACGUAUAUCAGAGUCCACCACAUUGACUGUAUACGUUAACGGAGGUUGGAGUGGCUGGGGCCCGUGGACCCAGUGCAGGUGCAACGGUCGGGUGUCAGGGCAGCGGCGCGUGCGCACCUGCACGGAGCCGCACCCACUGAACGGAGGUGCUCCGUGCCAGGGGCAGAGCGUUCACAAGACCUCCGACUGUAUUGUGUGUCAAAGUGAUGGAUAUAACAUGGAUCUACAAAUAUAUGACAAUAGUCAACAGUUGUUGGUCGCAUCUCCAGGAUCUGGCCGGUGGGGAGCGUGGACGGAGUGGUCGGAAUGUGGAUCGGAUUGCAGACAGUCUCGACGGAGAUCAUGCGUCGGAGACACCUGCUCAGGGGCACAGGUGCAGCACGCAGACUGCAUUGGAGACUUCUGCGGAGUUCAUGGAGUGGCGGCCCACAAUGACGUGCCCCUGUAUAUCGGUAUCGCUGUCGCCGUGGUGGUGUUCCUGGCAGGAGCUGCCGUCGUCUACAAGCUGUUGCAGAGGAAGACCAGGGACCACUCCUUAUACACCAUGACAAGAACAGAUUUUCAACCUGAGAUCUACCCAACAGUGGAGAAGCAGUCGCUCUCACUUGCCCCAGACCUGAUGCAGCACCGACCUCCAAGAUACGAGCAUCCUCAACCAGAUCCCAGAACUGAACAUCACUAUGAUGUCCCACAUUUAACCAACAGCUACGCGUCACCUGUGGACCACCAGGUGACACCCUCGGCCUCAACCAAGGGUCACAGCGAUGAGUACGACACCAAGCCGUACGCUGAAUCAGAACAUUCCGCCUCUAGUUGCUUCACGAGCUCGGGGUCCAUGUAUGACGCAGCCAACGAGUCCGUGACUCUCCAACUGGCGGAGCUCGUGUCCAACUCUCCGACGUCACAGUCGCUGGCGGUGUCGAGCUCUGGUGCGAGAUUAGCACUGCCAGCUGCUGGAGUGGCUCUGUCAAUACCAGAGGGAGCUCUGGCCAGGGGUCGCAGGGAACAAGUGUACGUCGCUGUUGUUAAAGAUGACAGAUACAGAGCAAGACUUGGAAAAGGUAUCACGCAACUUAGUCCGGUGGUUAAGUGCGGCCCACCUCGUCUACAGUUCAACAAGUCAGUCAUCCUUCAAAUACCACACUGCGCUAGCCUCAAGCAUGGCUUCUGGAACCUGGCGCUCUACGCCAUAGACCACAACAAACCGGACUCUCAACCUAAUUGGAAGAAAGUCGUCAACUUGGGACAAGAAACUAUAAAUACACCCGUUUUUACUCAGCUCGAUACUGAUAAAAUCUUCCUUGUAACCGAUAUGUUAUCCACUUUCGUGCUUGUCGGUGAAAGUUUUAAUGGCAAAGCCGUUAAAGCGCUACAACUCGCUAUUUAUGCUUCUACAACAAUUAAUGAGUCUUGUACAGAGUAUAGUAUUAGACUUUAUGUGUUCGAAGACACUCCCUGCGCGACGUAUUAUUGCCAGGAACAGGAGAAGAAAAUGGGCGGCGUGCUUCUAGAACGGCCGAAAACAUUGCUAUUCCAAGAUGGCGGAUCUAAUUUAUGUUUAAAUUUAGAACACGUAAGUCCCGGCUGGAAAACAAAACCCGGCACGGCGUAUCAAGAGAUUCCAUUCAAUCAUAUCUGGAGUGCCAACUAUAACGCUGUUCAUUGUAACUUUGUAUUGGAGAGGACGUACGACUGCGACAAUAUUGAUUUCACAGCUUCCGCCUGUCAAAGGACGAAUCCAUCUUACAAGCAAACAUUCCGAAUAUCUAUUGACGAUCUGUGCAGUCGGUCGCCUAGAGGUCGCUCCCCGCGCGCAGAGUCGCAACGAAGCUUCAAUAUUACUGAGAAUAUGCUCGAGGCGAGAAUGUGCCGGAGUGACAUGAGCGGGGAAGGCAGCGACGGAAGCGUGAAAAGGAACGUUACGGUGACCGAGAACGGAGUUAACGAGUGUGGAGAAGGACCGUUUAAAUUGAGCGUGCGAGUUAAGAGGCAGUUAUGUGGUAUAUUGGAUCCGCCGAACGCUCGCGGUAACGACUGGCGCGCGCUUGCGUCUCGGCUUGGAGUGGAUCGUUAUACGACGUGGUUUGCCACUAAGAGCUCGCCCACUGAAGCUAUUUUAGAGUUAUGGGAAUGCAGAGAGCGCGGCCCCGGAGCCAUAUCAUCGCUGGCCACCGCGCUACGACAGAUGGACCGGCACGACGCCGCAGACCUACUGCAGGGACGACCUUCGUGGUUAUGAAGUACGGACUUCCACAAGCGACGGGCGUAUUUAUUAAUCACACGCUUAGAUUAAAUGUUUAGACGGCUUCGGCCUUGUAAAAUCGUGGUAGUAUAUUGUAUAGAGCUGUAUCUACGCUGUUGGAUGAAUUAUAGUAGCAAUAAUAGUGCCUGAUAUAUUUUGAAGAAUUCAACGUUUUGUUGUUUAUGUUAUUUUAUGAGUGUUUGUUUUGCUUUUUUUUCUCUUAACGUGCCAAACUUGUAAUUAAUGGCGAUUCGUUUGGCGUAGGUUCACAUUGAGCUUAAAUAUUAAAUGUUAGAUGGCAUAUUACUUCUUGUAAGACUAAAGUGCAUUUAAUCUAUUUCUAUCUCACUGUCUAAUUAAAUUUUCUACCAAUAUAUACUUAAUGUAAUUAUUGUAAGUUUGGUUUUAAAAUAUUAAGUUUAGAACAAAGUCUAAAGGUAUUGUAAUGUUGAUGGAAUCGAAAUAUUUAUAAAUUAAAGUUUCGCAUAUUGUACUUGUUUUUGACAGUUUUUAAUAAUUUGACUGAUUUUUAUAUUUCAUAUCUAGUAGUUUGUUCCUGAUACCGGAGUUCAACCAAUAUGUAUAUAUGGUAUUAUAAAAAUAUAGACGUACCAAAGGUGGUAUAAUUUAUUUAGCUGGCAAUGAGUUUGAUGACAAAAGGUGAUUGUUUUAUAUAUGUCGAAUUAGAAUAAAUUCUAAUUAUCUAAUACCAUUGUAAGUUAUCUUCCUUGAAGAUCACUAUUGAUUUCUAAAUUGUUACAUUCUACACAUUAAGUAAUACAUCAUAAUCAGUGGCGUGCAUAUCAUAUAGGCAAUUAGGCAGUGCCUACUUCGUUAUAAACCUAAAUAAAUAUAAUGUUAAAGUUAAUUUAGUUUAAUGUGGUUUCGUUAUUUUAUAACUAAACUUCUAUUGAACCCCCAGUCUUAAAUUUCCUAAAUACCUACGGUAAGCAAUCUCAAGGCUCAACUACGACUACUUAGAUCUACAGUGCCUACCUUGCUACCUAGAAAACCAAUGCACGCCCCUGAUCAUAAUUUUGCUAGAAUUUGCUUGAAAUUGUUUUAAUCUUUAUGUUCUGUUAUUAUGAGCCAGCCAUGAGAGGCUUGCUACUUUUGGUAGACAGAUAACUACAUAAUAUAUAGCAUUAACUUUUGUAAAUAUUGUGUAUCACGUAGAGAAAUCCUUAUAAUGAUUUUCACACAGACUUAGAAUAAGAUAGAAUUAGCGUGGAAUCGAUCAGUACAUCAAAAAUAUGUUCUUUAUUACAAUCUCUACCAAAUUAACAUUUAAACAAUACUAAUUUUCAUUCCAAACUAAACUUUUGAAUUUUUUUGAAGAAGGAAUUCCUUCAAGUAAAACGGUUAUUUAACUUUCUCUACAAAUCACUCCUCUACUUAUCAGAUGCUGUUAAAUAUAGGAGUUGUGUACAAUCAAAUUAUAUAAACACUUAAUUUUUAAAGAACGUAACUGGUUAUUUUAUGCGCUCUGUCUAUCUUGUUUUAAUACUCUGAAGAUUUGUAUAAGAAAUCCUCACCGCUGUAGACUAUAUAUUUUUGUUAACGUGAUGACUAUUAAUAUAAAUGGAUCUGUGAUAAUUAAAUAAUACGAAAUAAAUUAUGUUUAAAUGUGUA